GGGAGGGCCGGGUCUGGGGAGGAAGCUCCUCCUCUGCGCGUAGCCCGGGUAGAGUAAACUCCGGUCCCCAGAAAAGAAAAGUCCGCUCCGGCUCCAGAAAAGCAGCGGCUGGCGCGUGGCAUGGGCUGCCUCGUGACCUAGUGUCCCGCCGCGAGAAGUGCCUGGCCGCUCCAGCUCCCGCACAGGGGGGCGGGUGCGGGCGCCCGAGCGCAGCCGACGAGCCCCGGAAACCGCCGAAGCGCCGGGCACACCCAGAGCGGGCCCGCGGCCUGAGCGCCCGCGCGGUUCGCGACCAUGAACCGGGAGGGUAUCUGCAGCGCCCUGCCUACCAUUCCCUGCCACAAGCUCGCCGACCUGCGCUACCUGAGCCGCGGCGCCUCAGGCACCGUGUCGUCCGCCCGCCACGCAGACUGGCGCGUUCAGGUGGCCGUGAAGCAGCUGCACAUCCACACCCCGCUGCUCGACAGUGAAAGAAAUGAUGUUUUAAGAGAAGCUGAAAUUUUACACAAAGCUAGAUUUAGUUACAUUCUUCCAAUUUUGGGAAUUUGCAAUGAGCCUGAAUUUUUGGGAAUAGUUACGGAAUAUAUGCCAAAUGGAUCAUUGAAUGAACUCCUCCAUAGGAAAACGGAAUAUCCUGAUGUUGCUUGGCCACUGAGAUUUCGCAUCCUGCAUGAAAUUGCACUGGGUGUAAACUACUUGCACAAUAUGAAUCCUCCUCUACUUCAUCAUGACUUAAAGACUCAAAAUAUCUUAUUGGAUAAUGAAUUUCAUGUUAAGAUUGCAGAUUUUGGUUUAUCAAAAUGGCGUAUGAUGUCCCUCUCACAAUCACGGACUAGUAAAUCUUCACCAGAAGGAGGGACAAUUAUCUAUAUGCCACCUGAGAACUAUGAACCUGGACAAAAAUCAAGAGCCAGCGUCAAGCAUGAUAUCUAUAGCUUUGCAGUGAUCAUGUGGGAAGUCUUAUCCAGAAAACAGCCUUUUGAAGAAGUCACCAAUCCUUUGCAGAUCAUGUAUAGUGUAUCACAAGGACAUCGACCUAACACUAAUGAAGAAAGUUUGCCACUUGAUAUACCUCAUCGAACACUUAUGAUCUCUCUAAUAGAAAGUGGAUGGGCACAAAAUCCAGAUGAAAGACCAUCUUUCUUAAAAUGUUUAAUAGAACUUGAACCAGUUCUGAGGACAUUUGAAGAGAUAACUUUUCUUGAAGCUGUUAUUCAUCUAAAGAAAACAAAGAGUACUUUGAGCACUAUUCACUUAUGUGACAAGAAGAAAAUGGACUCAUCUCUGAACACACCUAUAACUCAUGGACCACAGGAGGAAUCAUGUGGAUCCUCUCAGCUCCAUGAAAGUAGUGAUUCUACUAUAGCCUCAAAGUCCCUGACAGCUCCUCAAGAAAAUGAUUUUUUAUCUAGAAAAACUCAAGACUUUUCUACACUGUGUCACUAUCCAGUAAAUCACAGUUGCACUAGUAACAUUUCUGCAGUUCAGAAGAGGACAUUUUGUGAUCACAAGACCACCCCAGGCUCUUCAGCAGUGAUAACUCCACUCUCAGCUGAGGGAAAUUCAGAGCGAUUACAGCCUGGCAUAGCCCAACAGUGGAUCCAGAGUAAAAGGGAAGACAUUGUGAGCCAAAUGACAGAAGCCUGCCUUAACCAGACACUAGACGCUCUUCUGUCCAGGGACUUGCUCAUGAAGGAGGACUAUGAACUCAUUAGUACCAAACCUACAAGGACUUCAAAAGUCAGACAGUUACUGGACACCACUGACAUCCAAGGAGAAGAAUUUGCCAAAGUUAUAGUACAAAAGUUGAAAGAUAACAAGCAAAUGGGUCUUCAACCUUACCCGGAAAUACUUGUGGUUUCUCGAUCACAAUCUUUAUAUUUAUUUCAAAAUAAAAGCUCAUAAGUGACUCUUUUUCAAGAAGAAAAAUCAUUCUAUAAAAGGGUAUUUUUUAUUUCUGUUGCCUUUAUCAUGUUGUUUUUAUAAAAUCCACAUGAGUAUUAGAAGUUUUAAUGAAGUUUCUUCUUCAGGUAAAUAUUACUCUUCUUCCAUGACAUUGUAGUAUUUUUUUUAAUUAAUAUAUUGGAAAGUCUGCAUUUUGCUACAAGAGUUCAAUUGUUUAUCUCUGGUUAAUUGAUAUUAUUUUUUAACUGUAAUAAUUAUAUUCUUGUAUAUAACAAUGUCUUAAGGUGUCAUGCAUUUCUCAUGGAAGCCAUUUUCAUAUUCACUUUCUUAUGAGUUAUUUAUUACUUGUCUAAGAUGCAGUUGGGCUUUUGGAAUGUAGCCUUUAUAUUUAAAUUAGAGCUAGUACAGCAUUUCUAACCAAUACUGCUAGUUCAGAUCCUCUCCAAAAGGUUGUUCAUUAAACUUUGUUAUCUAGAUUACAUUUUUAAAUCUUAUUCACUGAAUUCUUCUUUAAAAAAAAUGUUUUGAGAGUAAAAUGAUGCAAAGUAUAUGAAGAAAAAAUUAAUCUUUCAAUAUAUGUUUCUACCUCAUUUCUUACCUCAACUAGCAACCACAGUAACCAAAAGUUAACAGCACAGUGUUUAUCUUUCUAUAUCCUUCUUCCUGCUCAUAUGUAUACACUCAUGUGGGAGAAGGUCUUUCAUUAAUAUUACUAUAAUACAUCAUACUACAACCUAAUUUUUGCACUGAGUAUUACAUCAUGUGCAGCCUUCCAGAUCAUGUAUAAAUCUAAUUCACUCUUUUUAAUUGCCGCAUAAUAUCAAGGCUGUUUUUUUUAAUUUUUUUAAUUUGUUCACCAAGUUUAGCCAAAGCAAAAUAGCAUGAGUUAUUUUUUGCUUAACAGCUUGUCACUAAAUGAAAACUUACAAGGCAUAAUUCCUCUUCUGAAAAUGUUUAUUAGUAAUGUCAGCAGUAAGUGUGAUGCAGGAUAAAUUCUAAACAGACUUUCAAGAAGCACCAGAUUCAUAGUAUGAAAAAAGGAGAUUGGAGCAAUUAAAUAUUUUAUUAAAAUUAUAAAAUAAGUAUUUUAAUCUUCACUUGGAGCUUGACAGUAACCUUUGGAACCUCAUUACCAUGUCUCUGAGAAAUAAUGGAAAUUAGUAGGGAAAAAUGGAAACCAAUUAAAUAUAUGAGUUAUCUAUUAUAUCUCUUAUUUUUAAAGUGUUAGAAUAAAGAUUUAAUUUGGGAAAUAAGUUGAGAAGUUGGGUUUGUUUUUAGGUAGUGCAUAGACACAGCACUAAGUAACAUUUAAGUCAAAUACUCAGGAAGUUCUUUUCAGUUCUUCCUUGAACCUUCUAAUUAAGUAAAGGAGAAUGUCACAGUUGUGCUGUCAUCUUUUAAUCCCUCUUAUUAAGAAAAAGAAUAGGCUUCAGAACUUCAGAGACAAUAUUUAGCAAGAAUUUUAUUGUUUUUUAAAUUGCAUUUUAUUUGAAAAUAGCCUACAUAUGACAAGUGGCACUAAUUUUGUAUUUAUAAUGUUUUAUAUUAUAAUAUUCAAAUAAAAAGACAAUCAGAAAUACUAAAUUGUAAUAUAGGUAGUACAUGAGUGUGACAGCAAUCAUAGAAGUAGUAGAAGGAUGACAUUAAGAUUGUCACUCAAGGAAGAAACCUAAUAACCUAUAGUUAUUGGGGUUUUUUUAACUAGAUAGUACUGGAUAAUCUGAAAAUGGCAUUCUUUGCAGUGUUGUUUUUUUUUUUUUAAUUCAACAAAGUUUAAUUCAUAGGAAUUUACAGGGUUCAAAAUAAACACAAAAAAAAUCAGUCAUGUUUCUGUAUCCCAGCAGUGGACAAUCUGAAAAGGAAAUUAACACAAUGGUUUAAUUUACAGUAGGAUCCAAAAGAAUGAAAUACAUAGAAUCUUACCCAUAAGUGUAGGCCAGAGAGCAGCUGCAUUAGCAUCACCUGGAGCUUGUGAGAAAUGCAGAUUCAUGGCCCCUAUCUCAAACCUGAAUCAAAGGGAGUAAGGUUCAGAAAUCUGUUUUAACAAACCAUCCAGGCCAUUAUAUAUGCUAAAGUUUGAGACUCUUUGUUUUAAAAAAUGCAAUAGAAUUAUGCAUAAAAUAAUUUCCCUCUAGGUUCACACUGUUUUCCUUAUGUCCAUUUGCUACAUUUGUCUUCAGGAUGUAUAGUUCAGAAUUGAGGUUUGAUUAGGAAAUUUAACUUUUCUUUCUUUUGUACUUACUUGAGUUUCCAAAACAAUUAUGGACAUGUUUUACAAUUUGGAAAGAUUAUUUAGGCAUGAUAAUCAGAUCAGUAGAUUGAAUCUACCACUCAGCAUUUUAAAGAAGUACUUAAGAAAGGGACAAACACUCGAAUUAUGACAGCAGAAGAGCAGAGCUGAUGUGGGACAAGACAAAAAAUAAGACUGAAUUUGCUGAAAGUUACACUGAAGAAAUAGGCAUCACUAUGAAAGACUGGGGAGUUGACAGUGGCAGUAUCCAGCAGUAGGAGCUGGUUUUUAUCUUUUUCAUCUGUCAUUAAUCCUCCGCUCACCCUCCCCCACCCUAAAUACUUAAUUUCCUAAUUUGUGAAGAAAAAUUAUGAUCAAUUAGAAUAACAGGAGAAUCAGUAAUCUUUCGCGUUAAGCCAUCCUCACAAACAUGUCAUUGGUUUUAGAAAUGUUUCUUCUCUAUAGUCUCAAUUCCAUUUCUCAGAGCCCAGUUACCAAUCUCCUCUUUUCUACUCCUUCCCUAGACCCUUUUUAUUUUUCCCCAAUUGCAAACACCCAGAUUUCUUUUAAAAA